GUCACCUGGGGCCCCUGGGGGGUAUUAUAAAGCCCCUGUCUGGCCCUCUCCCCUCCGUCAGAGAGGCUAAACGGUCCAGCGGACACUCUGUCUAUCCCAGUCUCUACUUUAGAAACCCCCCUUUAGCAUUGAUGCCCACCUCCUCUUGACAUCCCAUCCCACCUGAGAUCUCCACCCACACUCCCACAUUAUAUCACACCUAUGUCUUUGCGACAGGUGGAGAGAGGUGGCAAGCAAACGCAGCUGAGUUGACUUUACCAACUCAGUUCACGGCUUGGUCCUUUGAGUGGAUUUGUCUGUUGACGUUCUGAAAUCCUGUUUUGUCUUUGAACUGACUCUCUAGCUGACUACAAAAGGGAGAUCUUUUUAUUUUUUUUAUUUUUUGGCAUUCGAAGAGGACUGAGAAGGUAAACCAUUAUCUUUUCUAGACCCUGAUUUAUUUUUAAAGAAUCUUCUUCAUCUGGUGGAGAGCUUCAAGUGAACAGUCACCAUGUGGGAGUUCCGGUCCAUGAAUUUCUGGCGGGCGGUCUUCGCAGAGUUCUUCGGGACCAUGUUCUUUGUAUUUUUUGGCAUGGGUGCUGCCCUGCGCUGGACCACCGGGCCUCAUCAUGUCCUUCAUGUGGCCCUGUGCUUUGGGCUGGCAGCUGCCACUCUCAUCCAGUCGAUCGGCCACAUCAGCGGUGGCCACAUUAACCCUGCCGUCACCUUUGCCUACCUUAUUGGCUCACAGCUGUCUCUUUUCCGGGCCAUUUUCUACAUAGCCGCACAGUGCCUGGGUGCUGUAGCUGGGGCUGCUGUGCUGUAUGGGGUUACACCUGGCAACAUGAGAGGCAACAUGGCAUUGAACACGCUGCAGCCAGGCAUUAGUCUGGGAAUGGCCACCACUGUGGAGGUUUUCCUCACUAUACAGCUUGUGGUGUGCAUCUUUGCCGUGACUGAUGAGAGGAGAAACGGACGUUUGGGAUCUGCUGCCCUAUCCAUCGGCUUCUCUGUCACCAUCGGACAUCUCAUGGGGAUGUACUACACCGGUGCUGGAAUGAACCCUGCCAGGUCCUUUGCCCCUGCUGUGCUCUUCAGGAACUUCAUCAACCACUGGGUGUACUGGGUCGGGCCUAUGAUAGGAGGUGCAAUGGGCGCUCUCCUGUACGAUUUCAUGCUGUUCCCACGCAUGAGAGGUCUGUCCGAGCGCCUGGCCACACUGAAGGGCAGCCGGCCCCCAGAGAGCGAGACCCAGCAGGAACCCCGCGGGGAGGCCAUUGAGAUCAAGACGCAAGCCCUAUAAACCUGCCCCUGCCCCCUUCUCCGACUGGGGCCGAGGGAUGAGGGACAAAGGCCCUGAUCUACGCCAACCCCACCUCUACUACCCCCCUACGCCGUCACACAACAUCGCACAAGACUAACCCAAAUACACAUAUCUAGACUAACACAUUUCCCACAUGAUAUGAUUUUAUCCAGUGCAACUGUAAAAACCGCACACACACACACACACACACACACACACACACAC